AUGACGCUGCCUUCAGUCUCUACCGAGCGCUUUGUGCUGCCCUACAUUUCCCCUAACAAUGUACUGAGAUACCUGAGAACUCUGAAGCCAUCACUCUCUCACACCCGAUGGGAUACCACAAGUUUUUUCAAAGACUAUUCAAAUUAUCUUGCAGCCCCUUUCGCCCACAUUUUCAACAUUAGUACUCUGCAAGGUCAAAUCCCCGCUAUAUGGAACAAUUCCUUCGUCACACCUAUUCCCAAAAGUGCCACUUGCAAUCUCGUGUCACACUUCAGACCUAGCAAGAAAGAACUUCUGGAAUCGGUCACAAAGCUCAAUCACAUCGCUCCUGGGCAGCAUGGCUUUCUCCCACGGGCAUCCACAUGUACGCAAUUGUUGAGUUGUACUCGCUACUGGAUUGAAACCCUAAACAGUGGAAAAAAUGUUGAUAUAGUUUCUUUCAAUUUGAGCAAAGCCUUCAAUAGGGUAUGUCACUCUUUGCUGUUGGCCAGGCUUGAGAAGAGUGUCCAUCGGGAGUCCCACAGAGAGGCGUGUUGUCGCCGCUAUUUCCUCUUUUACACUUGCAAUUCACUUGAUCAUCUCAAAACCGACAACAGGAUUAACGUUGCCGGCUUUGCCGAUGACAUAAAAGUAGCAGCGAUCUAUGCGCUGGUAGAAAGACAUGAAGCUCAGGUGGCUCUGAAUAAGUCCGUUGAAAAAAUGCUCAGCUAG